CUCGCCUUCUGUCAAUCUGCCUUCCAUUGACAUCGCCUGUCCUGAGACUCUGCAAUGUCGGGAGACGACUUUGAUGCUUUCCUCAAACGAUAUGGACUGGAGAGAAACAGGCAAUGUCUGCUGGACAACGAAUACGACACCAUCGACUCGAUCCUGGAUAUGCCGGGCGAGGAAAUGAGUGCAAUCGGUCUCAAGUUUGGAGCAAUCACCAAGAUCAAACGAGCUCAGCGAGACCACAACCAACAAGCCAUCACAACUCCCACUGCCCCUCCAGUCGUUGCCAUCUCUACCUCGAUCCUCACUCCUGCCUCCACGGAGCGAGAAUACAACCCGCCUGUCCUCAAUCCACGAUGGACUUGCGCCAGCGGCUUCCAUAUCCACGACAUCUUCAUCAGGUUUGUUGGUGGCGCUUGUUGUUGCGCGUGAUCCAUUCACAUCAGUCUCGCAUGUAGUCGGUGGUUUGCGCAUUGGGAAGCGCGCACCGUCUUGCAACGUGAUGCCGCGGGUUCGACCCCCGUAUCCCACCAUCGGGGCGCAACAUUGGCCGCCCUUGGAGGAAGGGGUCCGUCCCCAUCUGGUGAUAGCAGAUGACGCACGAGCUCCUUCAGAGUUCGUGCCGAGCGUGCCGGUGGGGCCCAGCCUCUUAAGACUUUGGUCGUUAGUGGUUCGUUCCGAACUUUUUUU